GAGAAGACAACAAGAAAGUCUUCCUGUGGCUUACACAUCAACCAGCCCACAUGCGUUCUGACUGAAAGUGACUUGAUCAGACAGUUAGUUUUAGAUAGCAUUUAUAGCGAAGACUGAAGACAGAAGGAUCAUUAAACUCAGAGAACUGCACUGGGACUUUGACGGGGAUCCACUGACACACAUCAGCAAAAUUAUCAGGCCUGUUGCAGAGUUUGCUAGAGACAAUAAUGAUAUUUAAAAAGCAUCAACAAAUGCAGCAUUGAGGAAUCCUGUUCAGUGCUUUUCUAUGCUACAUGAAACAUCAAACUGAGAACAACUUUCUCUUGAUUUUUUUAGACAACAAAUGGAGAGAAACUCAACUUUCCCUUUGGUCCUUGCCAAUUACAGCCACACCAACAUCACUUGCUCCAGAGACAAUGUUUUGAAGACGGUGGUUUUUCCUGUCCUCUACUCCUUUCUUUUCCUGGUGGGGAUGUCUCUGAACGGCGUGGCUGUGUGGGUGUUCUUUCGCAUCCCCUCGCGGUCUCACUUCAUUAUAUACCUGAAGAAUAUUGUGGUUGCAGAUGUCAUCAUGACCUUCACGUUCCCUUUCAAGGUAUUGUCAGACUCCAACAUGGCGUCCACCAGCCUGCGGAUAUUCGUGUGUCGAGUUUCCUCAGUGCUUUUUUACCUCACCAUGUACAUCAGCAUCCUCUUUUUUGGCCUUAUCAGCAUCGACCGCUGCAGAAAGACCCUGAAGCCAUUUCGGGGAACCAACUCUGCCCGGUUGACCCGUCGGAAAAUCCUUUCAGGAACCAUCUGGACCUUUCUGCUGAUUCUCUGUCUGCCCAAUGUGAUCCUAACACGCAAAACCCCAACUUCUCCCUAUUUCAAGUGCAGCGACCUGAAGACAGAGGCUGGGCUUUACUGGCAUGAGGUGGUAAAUCAUGUCUGUCAAGUGAUUUUCUGGGGCAACCUGGUGACUGUGAUAGUUUGCUACACUCUAAUCACCAAAGAGCUGUACAAAUCCUACUCCCGCACCAAGUCUCACAGCACUGGAGGGAAUACAUCUCAAGCACCAAGUGGGGGAACAACUCGGAAGCCCCAGCAGGCCAAAAGACAAAUGAAUGCAAAUGUGUUCCUGGUUCUGGCUGUCUUCUUUGUGUGCUUUGUGCCAUUUCACUUUGCCCGAGUGCCAUACACGAUGAGUCAGACUCGAGGAGUUCUCUUUGAUUGUAAACUCAAGCUCUUCUUCUUUCAGUUGAAGGAAAGCACACUUUUCCUCUCAUCCCUGAAUUCAGUUCUGGACCCUCUCAUCUACUUCUUCCUCUGCAAGUCCUUCAGGAACACUCUGUUCAAGACCCUGAAGCUUCCUCCUGGUACCUGCAGCUGGAUAACAGGGAAAGGCUCAGAUACAGACUCAGGCAGCACCGCUCUGAGAAACUCCUCUGCCUGCACAUAAAACCACUGGACAUGAGAAAGACUUUUGAAAUGUGGUAUCUGAGUGUGCACUUUCUGUUCUCAGAAGACAUGGCUUUUUGUGAAUGCCAGUUACCUGGCAACACACACAGUGAUCAAUUUCCUGUAAUUUCCCAUAAUGUUCAGUGGGAUUGCUAAAAAUGAAACAUAUAUGCCAGAACCCAUAUAAUCACAAAUAUAAUUACAAUAAUACAAGCAUUUUAAAAACACACAGAUUUGCCAUUGUACCUUACAGUUUUUUUUUUAUAUUGUCUAUGGAAAACGGUGUAAUGAAGAGAAGUGCACACACUGUUUUGCUGAUGUUUUCGUACUUGUGUACCCACUGGGAAACUUUCUUGGUUCUUCUUCCUGUUCUCUGUUGAAGUUCAUAACAACAUUAAGUUUCUCUUCUACAUUUUUAUACUCACUAAUUUUGAAAUGUGAAGCAAUCUGAAAAUAAAUCCCAUUUUAAGGACAUCCACAGUACUACUUUAAAAUAAUCUAUCUGUAUAAUGAACCUCACACAUAGAUAUAUAGUCAUGUCAAACAAGCUUCAUGCAUAUUCUCCUGUGAUUUCCUGAAAGUACAUGCGAUACAUCAAACAGACUAUACAGCCAGUUAAUAUGACAAAAUAUACACUAAUGCCUGUUUUCAUUUGUUUUUUUUUUCUUGUUGCAUUAACAGUAAUGCUAACCUAUUAAGUCAAUGGAUACAGAAUUAAAAACUCUGGCUGAACAGAAUUAGAAAGUAGUCAAUGUCAGUAACUACAGAACUGGAGAUUUCCAAAUGUGCUUAGUGCUUGCAAAAUCAACUGCAAAGCCAAAAGACUUGAUCCUAUAAGUUUUAGAGAAAUUUAAAAUGAAACUGCAAUAAAGGAAGUACAACUGUAA